AAGACUAACUUUUAUUAUUAAAGUUUAAUAAAAAUAAAACCUUAAUUUCUAUUCGAAACUUAAAAUGAAAUUCUAUAUUGUUUUCAUCUCUCUGGCACUAAUUGUCUGCCAGAUCAAGGCCGAUAUCAUUGACAAUAGCGCAGAGGAGGAAUUAAUUUCUAAUGAAUUGUCUGCCUUAGAGGAUUGUGAAGAACGUAUUUGUGGUCGUAUUUAUAGCCCCAUUUGUAUUUCCAUAGAUAAUGAAAAAUUCAAUGUGGCAUCAAUGUGUCAUUUAUCUAAUUUACGUUGCGAAUUAAUGAAAUAUACAAAGAAAAGCUCAAAUGCUGAGAAACCCGUUUUCCGUGUGCUACACUUUGGACAAUGUGAGGAUCAGGAAGAAAAUUGAAAAUGAAAACUGCAAUAAAUUGUUAAUUGACCAAAAAUAAAAUAAUAUUUUUUAAAAUUUAUAUUAGAAAUAAAUGUUAAUUAAACA